GUCCCCGUAUGAAGAGUAGUGCAAACUGAUAGAAUUUCUCAACCAAACUUCACCGAAUCCAUUGCCAACCUAAGAAAUUAAAAACAAUGGGUUCCCUGACAAUGCCAAAGCUCCUGGUUGUGGACUUCAGCCAGGACAAGUUGACGCCUGGUUCAAGUGCCUGGACGGCGGCGUACGUCGAUAUCCGGCGGGCCCUGGAAGAGCACGGCUGCUUCAUGGCCCUGUUCGACAAAGUCUCGCCGGAGCUUGACAAAGCAAUCUUUAGUGCAGCGGACGAGCUGUUCGAUCUCCCCACCGAAACCAAAAUCAAAAACAUUAACGAAAAGCCUUACCAUGGCUACGUCGGCCAAAUGUCUAUUGUUCCUCUCCAUGAAGGCUUGGGCAUCGACUAUGCCACCACCCUCCAUGGAGCUCAGAAUUUCACCCACCUAAUGUGGCCUUCAGGGAAUGAUUCUUUCUGUGAAAGUUCGAUGUCAUUUGCAAGAAUUGUGGCGGAGUUAGAUCGCGCAGUGAUAAGAAUGUUGUUUGAGAGCUAUGGCUUGGAGAAGUACCAUUGUGAUUCUCAUAUUGAUUCAACAACAUACCUUCUGAGGUUCUUGAGAUACAGAACCCCGAAUGUGGGGGAGACAACUAUGGCUUUUCCGUCUCACACAGACAAGAGCUUCAUAACCAUACUUCAUCAAAACCAAGUUUCUGGUCUGGAAAUAAGAGCAAGGGAUGGCCAGUGGAUAGCUGUGGAGUUUCCUCCCUCCUCGUUCGUCGUCAUGGCUGGAGAUGCAUGCAAGGCAUGGAGUAAUGACAGAGUACUAUCUCCCAACCAUCGAGUCACCAUGGACAAGAACGGGAAGGAGACGAGAUACACUGUUGCACUCUUCUCUUUUCUUAGCAAGAACAUAGAAGUGCCAGAAGAACUAGUUGAUGAUGAACACCCACUACUAUUUAAGCCAUUUGUCCAUGUUGAUUUGUUGAACUUCUAUGCCACUGAUCACGGUAGAAGAUCACAAAAUAUUCUCAAAGAUUUCUGUGGAGUCUAAAUCCUGCAACGAUAUUAAUGAGUAUUGUCUUCUUUUUCAAAUUACCAUGUUUAUACAUAUGAAUGCUUAGUUCUCUUUGUGAUGCCUUGUAAUAACAAGGCCUAGUUGGCCAAGUGAACAUAUGUUUCUCUUUCAUGUUGUGCUCAGUGUAAUUUGCUUCAUCUAUUGGUUAAUGUUCUUGCACGUGUAAUAUUGUACUUGUGUUGAAAUGGAAAUGAAGUUUAUCA